AUGGGCAUCCUGGGAGAAGCCUCCUGGAGAGGAGGUGCUCAGGGCUACCAAGCCACACUCUGCACUAAGCCAGCAAAGCCCCUGGUCAUGCGGCAUGUCCCCCCUCCUCUGCAGCCCCACCAGGUACAGCGAUUUGUCCAUUACUGCAGGUUAAAUUUUGCUGGUAUCUUUGCCUGCCAGGGAUUGUAUCAGGAAAACUAUACACUGCCCUUCACUCCUGAUGAGAAGGGACACAGAGUAAUUUGUGUGACUAGCACUAAAGCUAUGGCGGCGGAGUGGGUUGUUGAUCAGAAGGUGCUGUGGCAGAUCCCUGAGGUGUCAUACGAGGAUGCGGUGGCACUGCCGACCGCCUACAGCACAACCUCGCUGGUUCUUGACCACAGGGUGACAGUGGCAGCUGGAAGUGACCCCAAAUACAAGCUGGCUCUGAAGAGUGGCAUGAGCCACAGCACGAACUACAGCCAGAGCAGACAGAGAGAGGAGGUGAAGAUGCUCACAAGCAGCAGAGCAGUAGACAUGCACCUUGAGGCCAUCGGUGGGGACAUCUUCAAGGCAGCUCUGCAAACGUUGGCAUGGGAGGGCAGGAUUGUGGGGACAGGUUUUGCUAGAGGAAAAAUCCCCACAGUUCCCACCGUCCUACCGCUUCUGAAGAAUGUGUCUGCCACGGGAGCAUACGAGUCCUCACUGGGAAGAAAAUUUCCCUGGUUUUUUUCUCUACUAUCUCCCUCCAUUCCCCAGUAUUGCUGGGAGGGAAAUAUCCAUCCCCAUGUUGGAGCACUCUUCAAACUGGAAGAGGUAAAUGAAACCUUCAACCACAUGCUCCAGUGCAAAUCAGGAAAGGUCAUCAUCUCCACAAAGUAA